CGCCGCUGCUCCCGUCGGCCUGUGCCUCCCGCCGGGCGUCGGUGGCGGAGUGAGCCCGCUCGGGGCCACGAGCGCUGCCAUGCUCAGCGUGGCGGGCGCCGCGCAGGGCGUUGCGGUUCCCUUCCACUCUCCGGCCUCGUCCGCGGCGCUGGGUAACGACGAGAGAAGCGAGAGAGGGAAUAUAUGAAGGAGGAGGUGGAGGAGUCUGCUGAAGAUGAGGCGACUGAAUCGGAAGAAGACCUUGAAUUUGGUGAAAGAAUUGGAUGCCUUUCCAAAGGUUCCUGAAAGCUAUGUGGAGACUUCAGCGAGUGGAGGCACAGUUUCUCUGAUAGCAUUUACGACGAUAGCUUUCCUGACUGUAAUGGAGUUCAUGGUAUAUCGGGACACAUGGAUGAAAUAUGAAUAUGAAGUAGACAAGGAUUUUAUGAGUAAGUUAAGAAUCAAUAUUGAUAUUACAGUCGCCAUGAGGUGUCAAUAUGUAGGGGCUGAUGUUCUGGAUUUAGCAGAAACAAUGGUUGCCUCUGCAGAUGGGCUGAUCUAUGAACCAGUAGUAUUUGAUCUCACCCCACAACAAAAAGAAUGGCAAAGGAUGCUGCAGCUAAUUCAGAGUAGGCUGCAGGAAGAACACUCUCUUCAAGAUGUGAUAUUCAAAAGUGCUUUUAAAAGUGCUUCUACAGCACUGCCACCACGGGAAGAUAAUUCAUUACAGUCUCCAGAUGCAUGCAGAAUUCAUGGCCAUCUCUACGUCAAUAAAGUGGCAGGGAACUUUCAUAUAACUGUGGGCAAGGCAAUACCACACCCUCGAGGCCAUGCACACUUGGCAGCCCUUGUAAGCCAUGAGUCCUAUAACUUCUCUCACAGAAUAGAUCAUUUGUCAUUUGGAGAGCUUAUUCCAGGAAUUAUUAAUCCUUUGGAUGGAACAGAAAAAAUAGCAUCAGAUCACAACCAGAUGUUCCAAUAUUUUAUCACAGUUGUGCCAACCAAACUCCACACACAUAAAAUCUCAGCAGAAACGCAUCAGUUUUCAGUGACAGAAAGGGAAAGAGUAAUUAACCAUGCAGCUGGCAGCCAUGGGGUGUCAGGAAUAUUCAUGAAAUAUGAUAUCAGUUCACUGAUGGUGACGGUGACAGAAGAACACAUGCCUUUCUGGCAGUUUUUAGUGAGGCUUUGUGGUAUUAUUGGGGGAAUUUUUUCAACUACAGGAAUUUUACACGGUUUUGGAAGGUUUGUAGUAGAAGUUAUUUUUUGCCGUUUCAGACUGGGCUCUUACAAAUCCACAACGGUCCCACUUCCUGAUGGCCACACAAGCAACCACUUACCUCUAAUUACAGACAAUAGUACGCAUUAGCCUCCUGAGGAAACUUUCUUGCUUCCUGCCUGAUACAGAAGACAGUUUUUUAUAAUAAAGAAAACAUUGUGCAAUAUGCUGAGACAGUGCAGGCGGGCAGCAAACAGUGAAGCCUUUACACAAAAAAAGGAAAUCUGAACAAAAAAACCCCAGCAAAACAAUUUCUGUAAUAUUCUGUCUUUCUGAGUGCACAUGGAGUCAUAGGAAGUUGUGAGACCAGUGAGGUGGACCAUCUUCUGGAGAUUAAAGGAGCAUUGCUGCCAAAAUAGUAUUCGUGGUUGAGCUGAACGUCCUUGCGAUGAUUGCCAUUGACACCAAAGCCCCUCAGUGAUCUUGGUUCUGUGCCUGAGAAAGCUGGCAGACUCCAAGGAGAAAAGAGUGCAAGUGGGAUGCGUGGAAGGGCCAGGAAGCAGGCAAAGAGGGAGAGGAGAAGAGCUGGGGUUUCUCCUGGGUGUACAGCCUGGGGGUUGGGUUUUCUUGUUCUUUUGUAAUGAUGGGGCUGGGGGCUAAGAAGUUGUUAGUGGUGGGGAGUUAUCCUGGAAAAACCUGAAGACGAGGGGGAUGAGAGAACUUGUAAGGUGGAGCCCAAGCUGUGAUGCUCAUCAUAGCCACUGCCUUUCUGUAUUCCCACCAUUCCUUAGGGGAAGAAACUAUGUGGAGCAGAGGAGUUCCUCUGUGUUUUCACACAGCUGCUUUGCCAACAGUGAGAAUUUAACUUCUGAUGUUGAUAAUGGGAGGGCCCAAGGGCUCUGAGGAGGGGUUCCAGUGUGUACUUUUUUUGAAUUGUAAUAAGAAGCCUUUUAAAUAAGGCAUUUGACACUAGUUUUGGUAAAAGGCAAGACUCAUCAGGAAAUCUUUGUACACCUUUUUCUUGGUAAAUUGCUUUGAUGGAACCUUUGUUUUAUCCCUGCUGCUAGUAUGGAAGUUAUGGUAUGUAAAUCCUGGAAAUGGGGAGGGAAAAAGAGCAAGAAACUGGCUUGCUUUGUUUCAGCUGAACACUGCAGAAACACGGGAUUUGUGGCAGUUCCCAGGCAGGGAGUGGUGGAGUUAGUAGUAGGUGGCUUCAGGGAACCUGAUUCAUUUUGCUACAGACAGAUGAUGAGAAGGGAUCUGCAGAAUUAAUUCUGUUCAUGAAGGCUUUUGUAAAAUAAAUGAGGAGAGCAGUAUCAGUUUUAUAUUGUAAAUAUGCUACAGAGAAUGAAUGUUAUUAAUGCAGAUGGUGCUUUGAGAAACUAAACAUCCUCUUACUGCUGAACUGCUGGCCUGCACCUGUGGUCACAGUUACUCCAACAGGGUAAAAACAUCCUAAUGUGAUUCCUUCUCAGCAAAACUGAUCUAAUAAUACAUUAGGAUAUGAUGCUGACCCUGGCCUUACUCACCAUGGAAUGAAUAUUACAAUUGAGAGGACUAAUCAUGGAAAAAUAAAAACCUCUGUGGUGUCAGAUUGUGCUGACUUCUGUUGAUGGACGCUUGGAUCUUGGUGACGAGCACAGUGUAAAUAAUGUUGCUGAUUUGCUAUGCAAAGCAAAGGGCUUUCUAAACUGAGAAAUUACGUGAAGUAGUAAAUAAAACGUGGGAAAUGAGGAAGUAUCUUUACUCAGUUCAACUGUUGAGAAUGACGGAAGUUCAAGGAAGCUGUGUCCUUGUGGUUGGCAGCCAGGUUUGGGGUUUUCUCUGCCUUUGUUUAACACCGAUUAGAACAGCAGCUUCAGAAGCUUGCCCCUGAUGAGCAAGAAAAUCAAGAGCUGUGUGUUUUCUGUUCCCACUUCUCUUUGGCAUUUCCCUGUGAGGUUUCUUCCCUACUUCUGCUUGGACUGGUUCUGCUUUGGGCUUUGUCCUGACACCUGUUUCUUACCUUCCUGGAGCAGACUGUGCUGGUGGGAGAUACUGACCUUGGUUGACAUUUCUGUACCAGAACUGAAGUGUUAUUUUCUAUUCUCACAUAAAAGAGCCAGGCGGCUUUGUAUGUCUUAAA